AUCUGGAGUGCCGGCGCGGGGGGGUGGCACUGGGGAACACCUUGUUUUAAGAUACGCGGUAUAAAUACUGCGCCGGGGAUGGGAGCGCAGCCACGGGCGGCGGCGGGCUGACGGCGCGGCGGUGAGCGGCUCCGGACCACGCAGGACUCGACUCGAGAGCAGCCGCCGAGCCGAGCCCAGCCCGCGGCGGAGGGCGGCCGGUACCGGUAGCGAGGAGGAGGGGAGGAGGUCGCCGCCGGAGGAGCCCCGCGGUCGGAACCGCCUCGCUGAGCUCGCCCGCCUUCCCGCCGGCAUGAUGCAGAUCUGCGACUCGUACAGCCAGAAGUAUUCCCUUUUCAACGCCAUGAACCGCUUCAUCGGCGCCGUCAAUAACAUGGACCAGACGGUGAUGGUGCCCAGCCUGCUGCGCGAUGUGCCGCUGCUGCUGGAAGAGCUGGACGCGGCCGGUGCCGUCUGCCCGCAGCGGGACGCCGCCCUGCCGCCCGGCGACCCCGGCGCCUAUUUCUCCCGCAGGGACAUGUACAGCCACUACAUGCUGCUCAAAUCCAUCCGCAACGACAUCGAGUGGGGCGUGGUGCAGCCGCCGGCGGGCGAGGAGGCGGCCCGCAAGAAGGACAAGCUGGGCGGCGGGCCCGCCGAGGAGGGCGAUGGGGAGGAGGACCUGGAGAAGCAGUUCCACUACCACCUCAGCGGACUGCACUCGGUCCUCUCCAAGCUCACCCGCAAGGCCAACGUCCUCACCAACAGAUACAAGCAGGAGAUCGGUUUCAGCAGCUGGGGGCAGUGAGCGCCGCGGGGGG